GUAUACGCUGUCAAUACUGGAAAUGGAGUUGUUGAAACCCCGAUAUUUGUCGAUGCUAGCGGAAUUUGGACUGGAACCACUCUGGUUAAGACGCUACCGUAUCGCCACGUUCGAACGGCUGCAUACCCUUGCACUUAUAGUUACAUCCAUAGUACAAAACUGCCUACUGGAAGUGUUUCUGAUACAACACCUAUUUUCAACGAUCUGGAUGGUAAGAUUAUGAUCCGCGCCACUGGCUUUAAAACGCUGUGUGCGGGAUUCUUGGAAGAAGGAAUUCGACCAUUGGCUCGACAAGGUGCUACACAUGGUGUCUGGCAUCACCCAGAACCUGACUGGGAUCUAUUCAGCUCGGCUUUGGAAAAGUUGCUGUUUCGCUGCCCUACGCUCGGAGAAAUUGAGCACGGAGACUUGAUUUGCGGCAUGGAAUCCUACACUCCCGACAAGGCUCCGACCGUUGGUCAUAGUACUCAGGCACAAGGUUACUAUGUAAUAAAUGGUUUCAAUGGACAAGGUCUCUCAUUGGCUGGAGGAACUGGUGAGAUGCUCGCCGAUUGGAUCUGUGACGGAAUGCCGAAACUUGACGUUGCAAAUUUGGAUGUUGCACGAUUUCUCGAUUCUCACGCCAAUGCACAAUACCUGAUGGAACGAGUUCCGGAAGUUGCAUCGAUGACGUACAGCAACAUGUACAACUCACAUCAAUGUCACACUGCUCGUAAUAUUCGCAUGUCACCCAUCUACCAUCAACUGAGGGACGCUGGCGCGGUGUUCGCUACGAACGACCUCUUUGGUAUGACAAGAAGCCUAAAUCUGAUCGUAGUGCUCUGUUCUGGGGUCAAGGAUUCACUAAUUGGAAAGCCUAUCUGGUUUGAUGAGUAUGUAUGCCAAAUUUAUUUCCUCUUUUCACUUGUCAUACGCAGUAGUUUCUCCAGAGUCGCAACGGAAUAUGAGGCAUGUCGAGAACGAGUAGGAUUGAUUGAUAUGAGUAGCUUUGCCAAGUUUGACAUAACGGGACCCGAUGUGGUGCGUUUUCUGCAGUAUCUCUGCUCGGCAAACAUCGAUAGAGAUAUUGGUACCACAAUAUACUCAGGUAUGCAACACGAACGAGGUGGUUAUGUGACCGACUGCACGUUGAGUAGGCUUUCUGAAACGAGUUACUUCAUGGUAGCGCCAACGAUACAGCAGGAGCGCUGCACAUCAUGGAUGAAGUACUGGGCUACGAAAAUGAAUGUCAAUGUACAUAUUCAGGAUGUGACUGGGAUGUACACGGUGCUGGAUGUUGUGGGCCCGUCGUCUCGUUACUUAAUGGCAGACGUGACAGAAAUGUCUAUGAGUACUCAAGAUUUCCCAACAUUCCGAUGUCAAGAAAUCAGCAUUGGUAUGGCGACUGGUAUACGAGCGAUCAGUGUCACGCAUUGUGGUGAACUUGGAUGGGUUAUCUAUAUUCCGAAUGAGGUAGCGCAAAACGUCUACGAGCGAAUAGUGGAGGCAGGACGAGAGUACAGUUUGGUGCACUCUGGCUAUUACGCUUUACGACAACUCAGGAUAGAAAAGUUCUACGUAUACUGGGGUCAAGAUAUCAAUGCCACUGUGACGCCAGUAGAAUGUGGACGGUCAUUCCGCGUAGAUUUCAAGAAAGAUUUCAUCGGAAAGGAAGCGCUUGAGAAACAACUCGAGCGAGGCGUGUCAAAAAGGUUCGUGCAGUUGUUAGUGGACAAUCACGAUAAGGAUCUGGAUCCGUGGCCACAAGGAGGCGAAAUAUUGUUCAGGGACGGAAAACCUGUUGGUAUGACAACUUCAGCGGCCUAUGGAUUCACUUUAGGAUGUCAGGUAUGCACGGCCUAUGUGGAGAACAAGGAAUUUGGGGUAUCAGCUCAUUAUUUGAACAAAGGCGUAUACGAACUGGACAUAGCCGGAAAACGUUUCCCAGUCCGAGUGAAUCUUCAUUCACCGUCUUUGCCGAUGAUCUCUUCAGAACAUCCUCUUCAUUAUCGACCCACACAAUAG